UAUAGUCCCACGAGUAACAACAACACUCCAAUCCAAGGUUUCUACAUUUACUACCGACCCACUGACAGCGACAAUGACAGCGACUACAAAAGAGAUGUGGUGGAAGGUGUAAAACACUGGCACAUGAUUGGACACCUCCAAGCCGAGACGUCCUACGAUAUCAAGAUGCAGUGCUUUAACAACGGCGGAGAGAGCGAAUACAGCAACGUCAUGAUCUGCGAGACCAAAGCACGCCAGUCCCCAGGGUCGCACAGCCAGCACCCCAUCACCCCACCUGGGCCUCCUCCGCAGGAGACGCCCAGCCCCCCUGGCGGACUGCUGUACCUGAUUGUGGGCUGCGUCUUGGUAGUGAUGGUGCUCAUCCUGCUGGCUUUUAUCGCCAUGUGCCUGUGGAGGAAUCGUCAGCAGAACAAUAUGCACAAGUAUGACCCUCCUGGAUACCUGUACCAGCCAGCGGAGAUGAACGGCCACGUUCUCGAGUACACCACGCUGCCCGGCACGAGCCGCAUCAAUGGGGGCGUCCAUGGUGGCUACGGACACAGCGGCCCUGUGAUGCCCCAAGGCUGCCACCACCUCCACCACAAACUCCCCAACGGCCUGGCGCUGCUCAACGGCUCCGGUGGCCUGUUCUCACCUGGCCACCCACACGGCCACGAUGGCACCUUGCCCCACGGCACCAGAGACUGCGAGCACUCGCACCCGCACCACCACCAUAAUGGUGGAGGCAUGUACACAGCUCUUCCCCAAACAGAGUCUUCUGAUUGUAUGAGCUGUCAGAACCUCUGCAAUAACAACAGAUGUUACAACAAGACCAAUGGCACUUUCUCCAGUGGCACUCUGCCUCUAAUGCAUCGCGUGGCGCCGUGCCAGCAGGACGGGUUGGAGAUGUUGCCUCUGGGCCAGGUCUCAUCGCAGUGUCACGACCCCAACAGCCAGAUGAACUCCGGCAACCAGGAGGCUGAUGACGGGUACCAGCCGGACGAGCACAGGGAGUCCUCGCCCUCGCAGCAUUCCUGCUGUCUGGUUGGGAACAAUGAAAACUGUCCGGCAGACAAUACUGCGGAGGAGGAGCUGGAGUGCGAGGACAUGGACGGGCCUGUGCUGUGCUGGGAGAGUCUGGGCCUGCCAGACUUGGACUGUGACGAAAAGCCUGGGUGGAUCUCCAGCAGCAGCCUGGCAGGAGAGCUGAUCCAGCCUGGCCCACAGGAGGUCUGAACGCAGCCCACACACAAACACACUCUCCUGCAGUGUGGAGGGUUCAGAGAAACCAGACGGAAAGAGAGAGCUGUGGGAAAUGUCUCAGAGGAGAGUGAAAGGAGCAACGUUGGGACAGUCAGAGACACUGUGUGUUACGGUGACAAGGACAGAAAACUGUUGACGGACUGAGCGACAUGGGAAAGGAGAGCGAUGACAAGAGGACGGACAGCGAAGCCAGACAAAGAGGCCUACAGAGAAAAGGACUGUGUCCCACUGGAGGGAAGACUCUCAGAUAAAAAAAACUCUUUAGAUGACUUAUUUAUUUUUUGUAGUAGUAAAAUAUUAUUUCAUAUGAAUGUAUCUGUUUUAAAGAAAAAAGUUUGUGUUUUAUAUUAUUUAUGCCAUUUGGAUGAGAAAUACUUUUUAUUUUUGUCGUUUUGUCCCUUUGUUGUUCCACCCGAGCGUGGAGAUUAGCAAUUGUCCAUGUAAAGUUUUGUAAUAAUAUAAAGAGAAGAUAUGGAAGAGUAAA